AUGCCUUCAUUUGAUGAGCCAGUCGUGGCCUUUAUCGGCCUUGGAGCUAUGGGGAUGGGCAUGGCUACGAAUCUCCUCAAAACAUUCUCUGUCACUGGCUUCGAUGUCUACGAACCCACGCUCGAGAAAUUCAGAUCCGCGGGCGGAAACACGGCUACCACGCCUCGAUCUGCCGUCGCCAAUGCAAGAUACGUCGUGAUCAUGGUAGCGACAGCUGCGCAAACGCUGUCGGUUCUUUUUGACGAUGUCACUGGAGCUAUCCACGAAUUACAACCGAAUGCUACGAUCAUACUAAGCUCCACCGCUUUCCCCGCACACGUACCGGAAGUCAGAGAAUUACUCGACAAUAAAUACAACAGGAAAGAUGUGGAAUUGGUGGAUGCACCUGUGUCUGGAGGUACGGGUCGAGCAGCUCUGGGUACGCUUGUGGUUCUCGCUUCUGGGCCGGAGAAAUCGCUGGCAGCCGCGAAACCGGUAUUGAACGCCAUGGCAGACCCAUUACAUAUAAUCCCUGGUGGUUUGGGGGCGGGUACCAAGGUUAAAAUGGUACAUCAAGCUCUCGCAGGUAUACACAUGAUUAUGGCAUCAGAAGCAAUGGGAUUUGCUGCAUUCUUGGGUCUUAACACCAAGCAGGCUUUUGACUAUCUAGUUAAAUCAUCUGGUGAAAGCUGGAUGUUAGGAAAUAGAGUGCCGCAUAUGUUGGAGAAUAAUCUCCAUCCGUUUUCGGCCUUAAACAUUAUCGUUAAAGAUAUGGGUAUCGUGACAGCCGAUGGCUGUAGAGUCAAAUGUCCAUUGUUCUUGUGCUCUGCAGCUGAGCAAGUAUUGGCGUCCGGCGUACGCUCCGGGUUUGGUCUAGACGAUGAUUCUGGCCUCGUCAGAGCUUAUACCCCCACCCGACCAAGUCUUGUCUUCGAACAGACUACAAUCUUUACUACAAGUGCGGAUGACCCGAGAUUGAAGCUAGUUGAAGAUAUACUAGCAGGCGUACAUUUAGUCGCAGCAGUAGAAGCAAUGGCUUUUGGUCAAGCUAUAGGUCUAGACACCGGGAUGCUAUACGAUGUAGUAAGAGGGGCGGCUGGAGCAAGCGCCAUGUUCGUGGAUAGAGUGCCAGCUUUGUUAAGUGGAAAGUGUGCCUCGAAUUCCUCUAUUGAUGAUGUUAUUGCUCGUCUAAACAAAGCAAUCGAGGAAGCAAGCCGUCUGAGAUACCCGUUACAUCUCACAGCCACAGCGCUACAGAUAUUACAAUUGGCGAGAACUCGAGGUUCUGGUAAUGAGCCUGAUGUAGCAGCUGUGAGAGUAUGGGAUGGUAUCGUCACAUUUCCCAUACCUGGCUUUGCAUGA